AUGUCACUUACAUUAAAGAUUCAAAUUGUAAGAGAUAAGCAAGUAAAGGCUAUGAAGUUUUCACCAACACAAACAGUAGCAGAAGUUUGUGCACAAGUACGUGAAAAGAUUAAUGAAACAUCAGGUGAUGAUCAUGGUCUCUUCCAGCCAGGUAUCGAAGGUAAAAGACCAUCAAGAUGGUUAAAGAUGGAAAAAACUUUACAAUUUUACGAUUUAAAGAUAAAUGAUGAAUUAGACUAUAAAAAGAAACACAGACCAUUAAAAGUUCGUUUAAUGGAUGAAACUGUUAAAACUUUAUUAGUAGAUGAUAGUUUGACCGUAGCAGAAAUUUUAGAAAUUAUAGGUAAAAGAAUUGGUAUUAAAAAUUAUGAAGAAUUCUCAUUACAAAAUGAAACCAAAGAAGGAGAAUGGUUAACCCAUUCACAACCACUUCACGAACAAGGUGUUAGCGAUGAUGCAAUUUUAUUACUUAAAAAGAAAUUCUUUGUUGAUGAUUUUAAUGUCAAUAGAGACGAUCCAAUUCAACUCCAUUUAGUUUACGUUCAAUCCAGAGAUGCUAUUGUUAGUGGUUCACAUCCAUGUUCAUAUGAUGAGGCCAUUCAAUUUGCAGCACUUCAAUGCCAAGUUCAAUUAGGUAAUCACAACCCAAAUCUUCAUAAACCAGGUUACUUAAAGAUUAAAGAAUAUUUACCACCAUCAUUCCACAAGAAAAAAGAAGCCGAAAAAGAUAUUUAUAAAGAAUUUAGAAAGUUAACUGGUAUGUCAGAAUCAAAUAGUAAAUUUAGAUAUGUUCAAUUAUGUAGAUCUUUAAAGACCUAUGGUAUUACCUUUUUCCAAACUAAAGAAAGAGUCAAGGGUCAAAAGAAACCAGUACCAAAAUUAUUAGGUAUUACUAGAGAUUCGAUUUUACGUUUGGAUGCAGAAACUAAAGAAGUCGAGCACGAAUAUCCCUUAAACCAUUUAAGACGUUGGGCUGCUUCCCCACAAUCAUUCACUUUAGAUUUUGGUGAUUACGAAGAUGAUUACGUUAGUGUUAUGACAACUGAAGGUGAAGCUAUUUCUCAAUUAUUAAGUGGUUACAUUGAAAUUCUUAUGAAGAAAAGAAAGGAUACUGGUACAGUCAUCGAGGAGAAUGAAAAUGAUAUUGCCAACGUUGAAAGUGUUGGUAGAAUUCGUGGUCAAGUUUCACAAGCAACUACAUCAUCUUCAUUAAGCGGUUUUGAUGGUUCUGGUGGUCGUGAAGGUCAAUAUUCAUCACCAGGUCAAGCUAUGGGUUAUAGAGGUGGUUUAGGUGGACCAUUAUCAGUCAAAGUUACCAAUGUUGAUAGUGCUAGUGCUGCUGUUGCCAAUCUCUUAAAUGAAAUGCAAUUGGAUCCAAAUAGCGUCAUUGGUCAAAAGAGUGCUCUUACACCAGCUCAAUGGCGUCAACAAUUAGCUAUUCAUGCUAAAGCAGUUGCUGCUGCUGCAGGUAAACUUCUUGGUAACCUUAAUAAUCCAAAUGGUUUAGAUAAAAGUCAAAUGGAUUCAAACGCUCGUGAUGUAGCCCUUACAAUCGAUCAAUUAGUUCAUGCUGCUCGUGCUGCUUCAAUUGCUAGCGGCGAAGAUCCAGAUGGUGAAAUGCCACUUUUCGAUGGUGCUAAAGCAGUUGCCGAAUCAAUUAGUAAACUCUUAAAAGCCACCAAAGAUCUCUCAGCCAAUCCAGAAGAUGAAAAUGCUCGUAAUCUUAUUCAACAAGCUGCUGAUCAAUUAAAAUUAAUGACUGCAUAUUUGGAUGGUGCUUGUAAUGGUGUUAUUACUGAUCCAGGUACAUUAAAACUUUUAUUAGAAGCCGGUAAAGCUAUUGCCAUUGCCACCCAAGAUCUUGUUAAUCAAUCACAAAUUGCUAUUGCCAAUGUUAAUGAUCCAAUUAGAAAACAACAAUUAAAUAUGGCUAUUGAAGAGACAAGUAAAGCUGGUAUCCAUGCCUCAGCUGUCGCUCAAGCUUUAGCUGCCACAAUUUUAGAUCCAAAUUGUAGACAACAAUUUAACACUGCCGCUAAAACUGCCCAAGAUACCAAUACUUAUCUUUUAAGUGCCGCUAAAGCUGCUCAAUUAGAUGCAGCUACUCUUGAAAAACUUCGUAAUGCUGCUAAAAACAUUACUGAUGCUUUUGGUAAUCUUUUACAAUCUGCUGAUUUAGCCCAACCAAAAUCAGCCGAUGAUCUCGAAUUUACAAAUGCUGCUAAAACUAUUCUUUCAGCUGCUGCCCAACUUUUAGGUUCACAAGGCAAAUCUGAUAAUAUCAUUGCAUCAUCAAAACUUAUUGAAGAAGCUAUGGGCCAAUUAAUUGCAGGUGCUCGUAGAGCUGCACUUAAAGCUGAAGAUCCAGCUGUUCGUGAUCGUCUUAUUCAAUGUAGCAAGGCUGUUGCUGAAGCAGUUAGAAAUCUUACCGAAGUUGCACAAGAAUCUGCUGAUAAUCCAGAAGAUAAGGUUUUAUUUGCUAAACUCCAAGAGGCUUCAAAGAGAGUUGCUACUGCUGUCAAACAAUUAGUUGGUGAUGCUGGUAAAGAGUCUGCAUUCCAAGCUCUUCGUACCAAUGCUAAAUUAGCUUGUGCUGCCACCCAAGGUCUUAUGAAUUCAUGUAGACAAGCCAUGCUUCAAAACCAUGUUCCAGAUCAAGAAGCCAACAAACUUUUAUUAUCAAUUAUCAAUGCAAACGCUCCAAUUAAUAAUUUAUUAAAUGCAAUUACUAAUAGUCAAAAGAAUCCAAAUGAUAUGAAUGCUCAAAAUCAACUUAUUGAUGUUGCAAGAGCUUCCGCUCCAUUAGCUUAUCAAGUAGUUGCCACUGCCAAAGGUUCAGUUCCACACGUCACUGACAGUAAUUCAAAGAGUGAGGUUUCAAACUCAUCAAAUAUUGCCGCUGAUGCAAUCAAAGCUCUUUUAGACUCACUUGGUGAUCUCACCUCUGCUGUAGGUCAACAAGAUUUUGAUGAUGCUCUUGAUCAAGUUCAAGCCCUUGAAGCUGAUAUGGAAAGCUCUGCUCUUCAAGUUCAAUCUGGUCUUAUUCAACAAAUCCCAGGUCAAACUCGUGAAAAUGCUCUCGAGUUAUUAAAUGUUGCUGCAAGAGCCUUAGGUUCAAGUGCCAAACAAGUUUUAUUACAAUACAAAAAAGAACCAGAAAAAUUAGGUGAAACUUCAAAGAAUUUAGCCAGUUCAGUUUCACAAGUUACCAAUGCUGCCAAAUCAGUUUGUUUCACCACUCAAAAUAGAUCAGUUCAAAAAGCCGUUUUAGGCGCUGCUAAACAAAUUACCACUGAGUCAACCAAUCUUGUCAGUUGUGCUCGUGCUGUUACAUCCAACCCAGGUGAUUCAUCAUUAGAAAGUGCUCUUCAAUCAAGUGUUAAAGCUAUUGCUGAAGCCUUAGCCAACUUGUUAACUACCAGUAAAGGUGGUGAACCAGGUGGUAAAGAAUUAGACGAUGCCAUUGAAGCCAUUAAAAAUGAUACCAAACGUAUCAAUAAUCCACCAGUUAAUUUAGGUGGUGAAGGCGGUACAAACUCUGAAAAAGCCAUUUCAUCAUGCAAAGCUUUGAUUGGAGCUGUUUCACAAGUUGCUGCCAAUGCCAGAAGCAACCCAUCUGCCCUUGGUACUUCAGCCAAAACUACCUCAAGUACAUUCACAAUUUUAGUUGAUAGUCUUAAUGUUUGCACUGGAACUAUUCAAAAUAAAACACUUGCUAUCGAAGUUGUUAAAGGUGGUCAAUUAUUAGGUUUGGAAUCAAUUAAAUUAUUACAAGCUUCAAGAUUUGCUGCUUCAAGACCAGGUGAAGGUGAAAAUGAACUUAAUCAAUCACAACAAGCCAUUUCAAAUAUUGCUAAAACCUUAAUUUAUAAUAUUCAAUCAUCAGUCCCAGGUCAAGCUGAAAUUGCUGAUGCUAUCGAAAUGGUUAAACAAGCUAUUUUAUCAUUAAACUCAAGCGAAUCAUCAGGUAGUCGUCCACAUGCUUUAGAAGGUCUCUCACAAGCUGCAAGAAGUUUAGCUGAUUCAACCAGUCAAGUAGUUCAAUCCAAAGGCAACUCUGAAAAAAUGGGUACCCAAUGCAAGAAUGCAUCAGAAGCUCUUAAAGAUGUUGUUGAAUAUACCAAGGCAUCUUUAACAUCAGCUGAGGGUCAUCCAGACUCAAUUAAAACUUUAGCUGGUAAGGUUGAUUAUGCUUCAACUUCCCUUGCUGAAUCUUGCAAGAAAUCUGGCCCACUCAGCGACCAAGAAAAGAAGAAUGCUGCCAUUGAUGCUAAAAGUCUUGCUCUUUCAGUUCCAAAUCUUAUGAAUGCCGCCAAAAAGAUUUCUGCUGGUUUAGUUCAAACCAACCCAGAAAAAUCAAAAGAUAUCCUCUUAAUCUCUCAAAAUAUCACAAAUGCCACAAGUAAAAUGGUUAACACCGCCAAAUUGGUUGCUUCAGGUCAAGAGCCAAACAAUGUUGAACAACUUGGUUCAAUCAAGAAAGAGGUCACUGAAUUAAUCAAUAAACUCUUAAAUGCAACCGAAGGUUAUGAUCCACAUUCAACUUCAAUUGCUAUUGAUUUAGAUUCACUUGAUAAAUCCGAACAAGCUUUACUUGACGCUUCAAGAUCAACUGCUAAUUACAUGUCACAAUUCAUGGCCAUCAGUAAAAAUAUUAGUAGUGGUACUAAAGAUCCAAAUGUUCACCAACAAUUCAGUGGUGCCGCCCAAAAUGUUUCAGCUGGUGUUCAAAGUCUUUUAGCUGCUAUUAAUGGUAUGAAACCAGAACAAAAAGAUCUCGAUGAAUCCAUUGAAGUUAUUCAAAAUGCUGUUGUCGAUCUCGAUUCUGCUACUUUAGCCGCUGCUAUUGGUCUCUUAGAAAAUACAGCUCCAGCUGGUAAGACAGCACAAGCUUGCCAAGAAGAAUUAGUUGAAAUCUCAAGAGAGCUUGCUUCAUCAAUGAAAACUUUCCUUGCUGCACCAAAAGCCGAUCCAUCAAAUCUUGGUAAAUCUGCUAAAGAUACAGCCAACAUUCUUCCAAAGAUUGUAAAUAUUAGCAAACAAUUAGCUUCACUCACUACCAAUCCAGAAAUUAAACAAACUCAACUUUUAUUAAGUAAGAAAUUAGCCGAUAAUAUGUUAGAGUUAAUGAUUAGUGCUAAAAGUGGUGAUGUUUGUGACAGUAAACAAGCUUUCAAUGCUUCACAAUCAAUUGCUGAUAUUUUAACUUCAGUUAGAGGUGGUGUUAUGCAAUCUCGUGAUUGUGAUGAAUCUAUUCAAAUCAUUAAUAAAUCAAAAGAAAACCUUCAAAAACCAGCCAAUCAACAAACUGGUAAGACUUAUCAACAAUAUCGUGAUGAAAUGACCGAAAUUGCCAAAUCAUUAGCCUUAGGUGUAUCACAAUUAGCCAACUCUGCCAAAUCUAAACCAGAAGAAAUUGGUUCAUCAUCUUUAAAAAUCGCAUCUAUUAUUCCACGUUUAGCCGAAACUGCUCGUUCAACUGCUGCCGCUACUAACGAUACUGCCGCCAAACAAAAAUUAAUCGAUUCAACUAUGGGUAUUAUUGAUGCCACAUCAAAUAUUAUUGGUGAUGCCAAAUUAGCAUCAGCUGAUCACAAAAAUAACCAACUUCAACAAAAGAUUUCAAAUAACUUUAAAGAUAUCACCACCCAAAUUGCCAAUCUCAUUUCCGCUCUUAAAGCUGGUGCUACUGGUGAUAGAGAUAUCGAAACUGCUCUCAAUGAAGUCAAUCAUGUUACUACAGAUCUUGAUGCUGCUUCAUUAUUUGCUGCUGCUGGUCAAAUUGAUGUUGAUAUUGAGGGCCAUUCCGCUCAAGAUAUUCAAACCGAAAUUGCCAAACUUUCACAAGAACUUAAAAACGCAAACCAUCAACUUGUUGAUUCAACUAAUAAAACUAUUGAAGAUGUUGCUUUCUCAUCAAAAGCCAUUGCAUCAGUUAAUCAAAAAUUAUCGCAUGCAUCUAAAGUUUGUGCUGCACUCACAUCAGAUUCAGCAACUCAACAAAAUCUUUUAAGUUCAGCCAGAGCUGUAAGUAGUAAUCUCCAACAAACUAUUAGCGCUAGUAAAACAACUCAAAAGAACCCAAGUGAUGCCAACAAGACCAUAUUAAACAAAGCAUCUAAAGAUCUUGAUGAUUCUAUUGAGUCAUUAUCUAGUUUGGUACAAUCAUCAACAACCACCAAAGGUAUUUCAGAAUUAGAAAAUAUCUCAUCAGAAAUUCGUAGACAACUUGCUACUUAUGAUACACCAAAUGCUACUGCUAAUGCAUCAGCCACCGCCGAAGAUGUCGCCAAUAGUGCUAAAAAUCUUGCAGAAUCCAUUGCUUAUUUGGUUUCAAGUUGUAAUAGUAAUCCAGAAGAAAUUAAUGAAGCCUCCAAAGCAACAGUCGCUGCAGUUAAAGGUCUUUUAGCUAAUUCUAAAGGUUCAACUCGUCUUACUGAUGAUGCCGUUAUUCAACAAAAUGUCACCGAAUCAGCCAAAGCUGCUGCUAAUACAAUCUUAAAAUUAGUACAAGCUGCUAAACAACAACGUAAUGAUCCAACAAACACUCAAGCACAAAAUAAACUCUCAGAGGUUUCAUCAGAAGUUGUUGAAUCAAUUAAUAAUGUUGUAAGUGCCGCUGAAGAUUUACCAGGUGGUGAAAGAGCCAAGAAACUAUUUGCUGCAGGUGAAAAUCUUGAAGAAAUGGCAGAAAAAGAACUCAAAGCUGCUGCUGCUAUUAUUGAAGAAGCCACAGCAUCAUUAUUAAGAGCUAAAAAGAAACGUGAAGAAAACCGUUUAGCAUCAGGUGUCGAUGAAGCAGGUAUUGAUGAAGCUAUUCUCGAAGCUGCAAGAGCUAUCACCUCUGCUACAGGUAUCCUUGUACAAUGCGCAACUGCAGUUCAACACGAACUUGUUAUGGCCGGUAAAGUAGGUAAUAAAACUGGUAAUGUAUAUAGAAGAGAUCCAACAUGGGCUCGUGGUUUAAUUUCCGCUGCUCAAUCAGUUGCAGGUUCAGUACAAGGUCUUGUAGUUAGUGCUAACAAUACUACCCAAGGAAAGGUUGAAGAAGAAACACUUAUUGCCUCAGCCCGUGGUGUUGCUGCUGCUACAGCUCGUUUAGUUACUGCAAGUAGAGCUAAAGCUGACUUAAACAGUCAAUCCAAUUCACAAUUAGCUCAAGCUGCCAAGAGUGUAUCAAAUGCCACCACUCAUUUAGUAGAAGCUGCUAAAAGUGUUAAUAGUAAAGAUGAAGAUAAUGAACCAGUAUUUGAUCCAUCCGGUAUGUCAUUCACUGGUCUUAAAGUACAUGAAAUGGAACAACAAGUUAAGAUUCUUAAAUUAAAGAAAGAGCUUGAAAAAGCUGAAAAACAACUCUUUACCAUCAGAAAAUCAGAAUAUAGCGAUAGUUCACCAGCUAAACAAGAAACCGCUCCCCCACCAGCCAGACCACAACCAGCAACUCCAAAACCACAACCUUCUCCAUCCACAACUUCAAUUUCUGUAGGUACCUCACCAAUUAAAAGACCAAUGCCACAACCACCAUCACCAAAUAUGACCUCAGCCAAUUCACCAUCUGCCCCACCAAGACCAGCAAUUAAAAAACCAGCAGGUCAAUCAUCAGCUCCAAAGAAAGUUUAUACAUACGAAGAACUCAAAACAAAACCAGCAAAUAUCGACCAUAAUAAUUUAGAAAACUAUUUAAGUGAUGAAGAAUUCACAAAGAUUUUCAACAUGAAUAGAGAUGAGUUUGGAGCUUUACCAGCUUGGAAACGUUCAAAUUUAAAGUCUAAAUUAUCAUUAUUCUAA